UGCUCGUCGCAUUCCCGCACGCGUCGGCGGCACCACGGUCCAUAUAGUCCCUUGGGCUUUUGACACGGCUGAAAUGCUUCACAACAUCUUCUUUUGACGCUCCGCAUCGCCCUUCAUCUCAAGACAAUUCAGCUGGCGCACGCAUUUACCUGUUCAAGUUUUCUGCAGUAGUUCAUCGCGCUGCGCUAUUGAGAUAAGAGGACGGCACGAGAUUGGCUUAUUCUUUUCGUCGCGUUUACGCGCAGGACCUUGAUUCGAAGGAAUUGGCCCUCUAAUCACGCCUCUUCAGCGACAGCAUCCCAAUCGCAGCCAUGCCAGACUAUCCAUCCACACCACCGCCCAAGUCGCCCUCGCCAGUGACUGUCCCGCGCUCAUCCAGCCUCCCACGUCUAGCAAGUUCGAAGCUCUUUCUUCCUACCCAGAACGAAGCUUCCGCAAUAUCUACGCGUGGACAUCACCUUCCUUCGCUACUCAACAGCGCGCGUCGGCCGUCUACAAUACGCAGCAGUGAGCGCCGAGGCAGCGACACGGACGAUGAAGACUUGGAGGCAUACAGAAACGGGCUUAUGAUGCCUUACGAUCGCGAUUCGGAUCGGAGGAGCAGCAUAGGCGCGCAUGUGCUCAACACACCGCAGAUGAGGAGCCAGCGCUUGAUUGGCAACUCCAAUCCCAGGUACAAGUGGGAAAAGUACUACAAGACGGAAGAAGAGCUGAAGGGCAUGAAGAAGCCGAUACGGGAAUACUAUGAGCGUAACAACCAGCUUCUGCAGCACUACUUGUACAUCGACCGUUUGCUCGAUUCCUCACUCCCGCACAACCUCAUUCAAGAGUACACGAAUCUUGAAUCCGGCGCCGUCAAGAUCCCCACUACCAUUACCGAAGAGUCUUCGGCUGUCAGCACCCCACUCGCUGUUACUCCUGGCUACGGUACAAACGGUACAAACACACCUGGUUAUUACAGCGAGAACGGGCGAAGUGGUUCGUCGGGUAGUCUGAACAACGGCAAUGGCGCAAACAAACCUAUGGUCAAGCGCACACCCAAAAACCUCUACAAGGUCCCCGAAGCAGACGAGAAUACCCCGCUCCUAGCACACGAUAACGCUGUAGAAGACGAAGAAGAUCUAGAAAUCGCCAACUCCAAGUUAAAAGACUGGGUUCCCGAAGAAGACGAAGACACCGAAAGUCCGAUUGUCAAGCUAGCGCUAUACGUCAACCUCAGUGCAAACACUGCCCUCCUGAUCAUGAAGAUUGUUGUCACAGUCUUGACUUCGUCGCUCUCCGUGGUGGCUAGUUUGGUCGAUGCAGCCCUCGACUUCCUCUCCACCGCCAUCGUCUGGUUUACAUCCUGGAUGAUCGCACGUCAAGACAGAUAUGCCUACCCUGUCGGUCGUCGACGUCUCGAACCUAUCGGUGUACUCAUCUUCUCCGUCAUCAUGAUGACGUCCUUCUUCCAAGUCGGCAUCGAAGGCAUUUCCAGACUCUCUGGACCUGACCAUACAAUCGUACAGUUGACCGUCCCCGCUGUGGCCAUCAUGGCCGCUACGGUUGUCAUCAAAGGUCUCUGCUGGCUCUGGUGCCGUCUCAUCCGCAACUCCUCCGUUCAAGCACUAGCCCAAGACGCAAUGACUGAUGUCGUCUUUAACACCUUCUCCAUCCUCUUCCCGCUCGUGGGCUACUUUGCAAAGAUUUGGUGGCUCGACUCACUCGGUGGUAUCUUGCUCUCCGCUUACGUCAUUAUCAACUGGAGUGCUACCUCUGCGGAGCACAUUCGCAACUUGACUGGCGCUAGUGCCACAGCAGAUGAGCGUAACAUUCUCCUCUACAUGACAAUGCGCUUCGCAAAGUCUAUCAAGAGGAUUCAAGGAUUGCAGGCUUACCACGCUGGCGACAAGCUGAACGUCGAGGUAGAUAUCGUGGUUGAUGAGAACCUCAGUUUGAGGGAUAGCCAUGAUUUGGGCGAGAGUUUGCAGUAUGUGCUUGAGAGUGUACCGUACGUUGAUCGCGCGUUUGUACAUAUCGAUUACACGGAUUACAACUUCCCGACACACAUGUCGCAGCAGGAAUGAUCUGAAGAUGAGCUUGACAAUUGAGUCGGCAAUGUAUUAUAGUAUCGAACAAAAGGUUCUUGGAUAGGAUAAGCCUAGCUCGAAGCUGGAAGCAUGUUACUUCACCGCUCAAGUACAUUCGCAUUCAAGAACGCGGAUGAGGUUUUCUCAAAAGCUUGUGAUAAGCGUAGAUCUAAAAGUAGAAUGACGAGAUCUGCGGCAACAAGUGUUGGAAUAAAAGAGGCUUCCAAAAAGAAAGUCACGACUUCAAGCAGACGAGACCGAUUGGAAAAAUAAGGCAGGAAAGAGAAACUAAGUAUCAAUGUCGCCGUUAUCGCAAAUGAAUUUUGGCCGCUUUG